AUGGUCAAGCGACUCAAGAAAUCCAAUAUUGCUUCCCCAAUCUCUCCGGUCGAUACCCCGCCAUCUACCUUUACAGAUUCCCUCAUACUCCCGAAACUCAUCGUUUUCGAUCUUGAUUAUACACUGUGGCCUUUCUGGAUAGAUACACAUGUAACACCUCCGAUAAAAGCAAACUCAGAACAUUCUGCAACUACCGAUCGUUGGGGGGAGAGUUUCGCCUUCUACAGUGAAGUACCCUCGAUUCUCGCACAGCUCAAGAAUAAUGGCAUAAUGGUUGGAGCAGCAUCUCGCACAUCUGCUCCAGAGUUGGGGCGAGAGAUGUUGAGAUUGCUUCAUGUUAUGGAUGUGGAUGGGAAGAAAAGAAAGGCGGUUGAGUUCUUUGAUCAAUUGGAGAUCUAUCCCGGCAACAAGAUUACACAUUUUACAAAACUACAGAAGAAUACGGGCAUAUCCUACAAAGAGAUGCUAUUCUUCGAUGAUGAGGCAAGGAAUAGGAAUGUCGAAACCUUGGGAGUUAAGAUGUGUCUAGUGAGGGAUGGUGUGAACAAGGCAGAGAUAAAUCGAGGGAUUAAGGAAUGGAGACAAAUGCAUGGUCAUGAAACGAAGUCGUCAGGUUCGGAGGAUAAGGCUGCCAGCUCCUCUACUGCACAUAAUGAUGGAACGGAUAGUGAAGAAUAA